UUACGAGCUGACCUUGAAGGCACCGUAACUGCACCGGUAGUAUUGCAUUUUUUACGCGGUGUCCAUGGAGGCACCGUGACUGCACUGGUGGUCGUGCUUUUUUACGAUGUGUUCUUGAAGGCACCGUGGCUGCCCGGGUAGUCGUGCGUUUUGACGAGGUGUCCUCGAAGGCAUCGUGCCUGCUUUACUUCCUGUCUUCCGUAACUUCACCGAAAGCAAAAACACAAGAGGGCUGAGUACUUCUUCGUCCAUUUGCUGACCAAAACAAGGUGGCCCUGAAUGCAUCAUGACGCAGCAAGAGCAGCAGGAGUUCAUGGAGAGACUGGAGGGGGCGCUCUCGUGGAUGAAGGAUGUUGAGGAGAGGCUGAGGACCAAUGACAACACCCAGGGGCCCUGGGACGCCCUGGAAGGCCGACUGAGGGAGACAGAGAAAAUCCACCAAUCCCAGCAUGAAGGUCGUGUGAAGAUGGACAUGGCACUGGUGGCAGCUGAACACCUUCUGGAGAUGGGAGAUGAAGACCUGAGGGCCACCACCCAUGCUAAGCUCAAAGACCUGAAGAUCUGUUGGGAGGAAACGUGUACCUACAUCGUACACUGUCACAGCCGGAUUGAGUGGGUGUGGCUCCACUGGAGUGAGUACAUGAAGGCCUACGAGGAAUUCAUGUCGUGGCUGACCAGGCAGCAGUGCAGCUUGGACGUUGCGCUGGAGCUGCAGCUGGGCCUGAAGGAGAAGCUGUGGCACGUGGACCAGCAGAGAGUGGUGCUGAGCGACAUCCACGGCCAGGCGGCGUUAUUGGAAAGGCUGCUGGACGAAGCCGCGGCACUGCACAGCAGAAUCCAAGACCCUUGCGUGGACCCCGAGGCCCAGGGGAGACUGCAGGAGGCCUACAAAGACAUCAGGGGCAGGGCUGAGGAGCGUCUGUCGCUGCUUGAGAAGAUAGCGGAGGAGCACCACACAUACCAAGGCUGUUUGCAGAGGUUUCAGUCUUGGCUGCUGGCAAAAACCAAGGAAGUGACGGAUCUCAUGGAGAGAGACCAUCCGACAGAGAACAAACUCCAAGCCUUGCAAGCGCUGGAUGACAGCGUAGCCAGUGAGGAAAAAGCUCUGCAGUACAUCGAGGGGGUGUCUGAAGGCGUCCGAGCCAACAGCUCUCCUGCUGGAGCAGAGGUGGUGAUGGAGGAGGCAGAAGAGCUCCGGCUGGGUUGGCAGAGACUCAGGCAGGGUCUGUGUGAGGCCGAGGAGGGUCUGCGCUCCAGCUUGGACGCACGCUGCGAGUACGCCCUCCGAUGCCAGCGACUGGGGGAGGACGUUGGACUCCUCAGGGUACGACUUCAGGGGCUUGACAGAGAACUGGAGGAGGGUGCUGAUGUUGGAGAUGAGUAUGACUCUGUGGAAGAGCUGCUGGGGAGCAAGUGGAGAAAAUACACGGGUGUGAGGGAUUGUGUGGCGGCGGAGGAGUCCCGAGUGGAGCAGCUCAAGUCCCAGCUCAAGCAUCUAUUCCGCUUCUCUGAGGACUCUGGCCACAUCUCUGAUGAUGUCCUGGUGGUUGUCAAGGAACACCAGAGUGUGAAAUGCAAAGCGGCAAGAUUGUGUUCAGAAUCGGAGCGUGUCCUGAGAAAUGCACUCCAGGACCCGCUUCUGUCCUUUGGCCAGUGGAGCCAUGAAGUGUCUGAGGUUCUGGAAGCUUCUGCUAUGGUCACUGACUUCUCCCACAUUGUCAUGUUGCUCAACAAUAUGGAGCGGCUGUUGAAGGACAGUUUUGAGCUGCAGGAACGUUUCAAGUGGCUGAAGACGAAGGAGGACCUGCUAGAGCCUGUGUUUGGACCUGAAGGCAGUGCUGCUCUGCACACUGAGCUCAGUGCUUCCAUGAGGAACAGAGAACUGCUGCACGCUCAGCUGCUACAGAGAAAAGGAAGACUGCAGGGCUUCAUUUCAAGAACAAAGGACUUUGGAGAUGCCUCCACGGUGAUUGUCUCAAAGCUGAGCAACGUGCGGGAGAGGGUGGCGGCAGCUGAAGGACUCCAGCCUGACAUCCUGGCUAAGAAAAGUCAGUGGGACCACUUCAAGGCGAUCCAGAAGGAGCUGGAAGAAUGUGACGCCCAUCUCACAUCUCUGGAAACGCUGAUCUCCUCCAGUCAGAGCAACAGGACUGAGUUUGAGAAGAUCUCUGCUGACUGGAAGCACCUUUGCAAGGCAGUCAGGGUCAAGUUGCGUGAGAGUGAGGAGGGCGUCGCAGAGCAUGAGUGUUUCCAUGACAGUCUUCUGAACGUGGAGAAAUGCUUGAUGGUCAUGAAGCAGAAGAUGGAUUCCUUUAAGAGUGCCGCAGGAGACUGGAGUGUUGCAGGUCGCCAGCACGAGGCGGAGAAAGCACUGGCAGAGUUUCCGGAGAAAGAGUUGCAGCUCCAGCAGAUGGAAGUCCAGGGUCAGAGGGUUUUACGCAGGACUUCACAGGAAGGACGAGUCCAUAUUCUUGGAGAUAUCAAGCGUCUCCAGGAGGCUUGGUUGGCCUUGCGUAGCAUGAGUCUAAACAUUGACGGGCUGCUGAGUGGAUCCACGGAGCAGACAGACUCACAUGUGUGGAAAGUCAGCAUGGAGGAGGUGGAUGCUGGACCUCAUGCUGAAGGCCACCUCCUGCUGCCUGCACAACUCUCAGGAAAGCACAGCCACCAUGCUGGAGAUGGAGAUGGUUCAUCUGCCCUGCCAGCCGCUCAGCAAACUUCCACUCCAGUGGACAAGCAGCAACGUCUCUUGGGAAGGACUGGCACCAGCAGCUCAGGAACAAAGGACACGAUGAACUCAGAAGAAGCUGGUAUGAUGAAAGAGGAAGGCCUGCACCACAGCAAAGGAGCUUUCGUGCUCCUCACACCAGGUUCAGCCCAGCAACAAGAUGCCACAGCCACCCAAGGCUCAAAGGACACGGGUCCAUAUGAGUCCAGAAGGAGGCAGUUUGAGGCUUGGCUAUGCAGAGAGAACCAACUCCUCUCAGGCAUCCUCAGCACCAAGAGAGGAACCCUGAAGAGCAACCAAGGCAAGAUGCAACAGGACACACUGAAGGCUCUGAGGGCAGGACUGCCGUGGGGUCAGAAGCAGCUCCAGAUUUUGCUGCAGGAAAGUAAAGACACUCCGGCACAAGACGCCGCUUUUGAGGAACUUCAUUACCGCUGGAUUCUCUACAAGUCCAAGCUAAAUGAUGUAGGUGCCCUCCGGACCAGGGUGGCCUCAAAGAGUCUUGCUGCUAAACAGAAGGAUCUUACUCCUAAAGCAACGAAGUGGGUGUGGCUGCAGCGAGUGUGUGGGCUGGCACUUCCUGUGUGGCUCCUCCUCCUGGCGUUGGUGCUGCUGGCCUUCCUGCUGCCCAUCAUGGACCAAGACAGCAGCUGCUCUCUCUCCAACAACUUUGCAAGGUCAUUCAAUGUCAUGCUACGCUACUCUGGACCACCACCUACUUAAUGAAAUCAUCGCCUACGUACUACUGUGGACUCUACACUACAAUCUAUAUACACUGUAGUACUCUACAGUAAGUCUAUACAGUAUACUCUACAGCAGGGGUGUCUAACUCAAUUUACCUGGGGAGCCGCUGGAGGUAGAGUCUGAGUGAGGCUGGGCUGCAUCAAGUAUUGGGAGUAGUGCUGGGAAUGUCGGGGUACCUCAUGAUACCACACGCGAUACAUGGCUCACAAUAACAAUAUCUUGAUACAGUAAUAGGGUCAAAUAAAUAAUUUCGCAGUUUAUAUUUUGCUGCAUUCAGCUGGGAUAGGCUCCAGCUUACCCAUGACCCUAAUGAAGACAAGCGGUACAGAAAAUGUGUGGGAUUUUUUACCACAUUUUUAAGUGACUCACUCACUCUUAGUUCAGUGUAGGCUGAUGUGUGCAUCCUACGAGUACCACUGGCUUGUUGCACGCCGUAUUAUUGUAUGUGUUCUUAUUAUAUGUAUUACAGUCACCUUGGAAGACACCAGUUUGAGACCCCUGCUCUAUCGUAAAUCUAUGCUGUAUAUAGACUGGAGUACUGUAUGGGAAGUCUAUAGUACUGUACAGUAGUGUAUAUACAGUAUAAUACAGUAGUAUUUGGGAAGUCUACAGUAUACAGUGUAUGUAUAGUGUACAGCAAGUUGGCAUGAAGAAUAAUUGGUGAUUUGGAAUGAUUUAAUAUUGUUUAGCGUGUGUAAAAGUACAAUUAUUCUCCAUAAAAAAAACAUUUUUUCAUGAUAUUUGAGGAAUGGUUUAUUGGAUUGAUUUCCUACAAGUAAAAUUACCUCACCUUUUCUACCUUUCACUUUUCCUCCGACCUUUGGGAACAAAAACCAAGCGUAUCAUCUGCAUAUGGAUGUAUACAUCUACAAUACAAUACGCUUUA